AUAGAUAAAUACGUCACCCCGGUGCUGUGCGCUGUCGGGGUGACCGGAAACACCGUAUCCCUGGCGGUGUGGUUGCAGAGACGGAUGCGCCAGUCGUCGGGCUACUACAUGGUGACCUUGGCCCUCAACGACCUCAUUUUUCUCGCACUGCUCGUGGUUUUUGAACUCCACGUCGUCUGGGGUGUGAGAACCCUCAACCACCCGGUCAUCUGCGAGCUGUACCCCGUUGUUUAUCUCGCCACGCAGUUCCUGUCGACUUUCCUCGUUCUCGGCUUCACCGUCGAAAGAUACAUUUCCGUUUGCCAUCCUUUCAAACGGGACAAGUACUGCACGGUGAGAAAAGCCAAACUCGCGAUAGCUUCCAUGACUUUGUUUGUGUUCCUCUUGACAGCCCCCUACGGUUAUUUCUUUACCAUUGAUGACACGGGCGCAGACCUGGAAUGCCAGGUUAGAGAGAGCAUCAGAGAGGGUCAGUUCGAAUCGAUCUACAACAGGUACACCCUGAGCGUGGACAUGCUGUCUUUUCUGGUCGUGCCCGUGAUCGUGCUGACGUUUAACAUUCUCGUCAUUAUCGAGCUGAGGCGGCUGUCACGGCUGGAGCAGGCCCAGCUUCACGGCUCCCCGCAGAGAACGGCCGCCAACACGGCCAUGCUGCUGACCGUCUCGUUCUACCUCAUCCUCACCACACUUCCGGUGUCCAUCACGUACGCCUUUCAAGGAAGUGCGGCCCUCGAACCCGAAGAAAUCCCCACCGCCGACAGCCAAGCCCUACAACUCCACCGCACGUACGACUUUGUGCUGAAAAUCGUCAAAGAGUACGGGAUCACCCACUACGUUUUCAACUUCUUCAUCUACCUCAUCACGGGUCGGAUGUUCCGACAAGAGCUGAAGCGCAUUUUCCUGCAGCCGUUUCGGAAGUUGAGUUCGAGU